AUGGAUGCUUUUACAAGGUACCAAUUUGGCGUAUCUUUGGGAACGACAUUUAUUCAACACCCCCAAAAAAGAAGAUGGUACUUUAAUCGAUAUUUCAGGUGCCGACAUUUUUUCUCCCUAUUAACCGAGUUCCCUGGCCUUUUUGCCUUUUUCGCCCGACUGGGUAUCAACCUGCUACCAAGGUCAGUAAGUGAAGCUUUACUUGACCUCGAAAAAUGGAAUCUUGACCUAUGCGAUAAAGCGGAGACGUUACUAUCGGACAAGGGUGCAAAAGGAGUCAAUGAUGUAAAUGCGAACCACCCGGUCAUUUUCGCGGCGCUUCGUACCGCGUUCCGACGAAUACAUCCAGAAAUCAUGAAUCUCAACUCUACGAGGCAACAACCAGCUUAUCCCUUUCAGUUCGAUAUCGCCAGCGAGAUGUAUGACCAUAACUUAGGUGCCCACGAAACUACUGGGAACACUCUUACAUAUGCUCUAUUUGAGUUGUCCCGUAACCCAAAAAUACAGGACAAGUUACGUCAAGAACUUAAGAGCCUACAUCCGCCCUUUGAAUAUCCCCCUUCAGGAGCGCUCGAUUUGAGACAACCAGAGCCUAGAGAAGUCGACUCUUGUCUAUAUUUACACGCCAUUAUUCUCGAGACCCUCAGGGUCUGGACGGUGGUCCCACGUGCCAGGCCUCGUGUGACCACUUCAACGUGCUCCUUCUUAGGUUAUAACGACAUUCCCCCCAAAGUGAAGUUUCAAUACUAUCCAUAUACACUACACCGUAACAGAGAUAUCUUUCCUCAACCCGAAGCCUGGAGACCCGAACGGUGGAUUGAAUCCCACCCAGAUCACCUCGCAGAGAUGAAACACUGGCUGUGGUCAUUCGGUGAUGGCGACAGGAAGUGUAUUGGCAUGUAUUUUGCGGGUUAUUGCAUAAAACAAGCUAUCGCAGCGAUCUACACGAAUUUCUUCAGUACGCUUUACGAGCAUGGGGACAUGAGGCUUGACGACGGGUUCCUCGCCGGACCGAAGGGAGAUAAGCUAUAUGUGAAAUUCCAGCAUAUCUAG